UAGCUUGGAAUUUAGCUACAUCGAUGCUAAGGAAGUAGCAUUGUUUAAAGAGCAUGUUCAUAGACCAAAAGUGCAGCUGGUAGCCAUAGUGCUAACUAAACCAACUAUGUUGACGUGAAAUACAACACUGAAAGGCAGCUAUGUGUGACCUCAACUAGAAGCGGCCAGGUGAGACAUGGAUUUCCUCACUCUGUUUGCUAUUUACGUCGUAGUGGUGCUGACAUGUAUAGUCCUAGUCUGCAAGUACUCAGGACAGCAGCAAACCCCCUUUAAUGUCAUCUUCAACUCUGUGGCAAAGGUAGUUGCACCAUUUACGCCAAAAUGGCUGCAAAAGUGUUCACAGUGGACCUUGCACAGACUGUUUCAUCAAAGGAACAACAUGUUCAUCUAUCUGCAUAUCCUGCUAGAGGGUGCUGUGUAUGCAGAGUUCACCUAUGAGGUGUUUGGCUUCUGCAGGCAGAUGGACACCACUCUGACCAGCCUGUCUGUGCCUUAUGUCCUGCUGGCCAUCAAGACGUUCUUCUUCUACCUCUGCAUCAAGAGGGAUCCAGGCACAGUGACAAAGAAGAAAGUCGCUGGCCAGCUGCACAUCUAUCCGUAUGACAGGAAGCUGUUUCACCCGGGAGUCUCCUGUCCAACCUGCCAGCUCCUCAAACCGGCUCGCUCCAAACACUGCAGGGUCUGCAACAGGUGUGUCCAACGUUUUGACCACCACUGUGUCUGGGUGAACAACUGCAUCGGUGCUCAGAACACACGUUACUUCUUGCUUUACCUCUUCAGCAUGUGCGCCAUGGCAGGCGACAUCGCCCUACUAACAGGAGACAUGCUGCUUCAUGCCGUACUGCGGUCUGGGCUUCUGACGGCCAGUUAUAUAGAUGAGUACGGCCAGCAGCAGCCAGCAGGACCUCUGUUUGUUGUACAGCAUCUGUUCCUGACCUUCCCCCGAAUCGUCUUCAUGCUGGGAUUUCUGGUCUUUGUCUUCUUCCUCCUGGCGGGUUAUGCCCUGUUCCAUUCCUACCUGGCUCUUGUCAACCAGACCGCCAAUGAGUGGUACAAAAGUCGAGGUUACAUUUGUCAGCACUGCCACCCAACUGCAACAGCAGACCAUCUCUGUAGCCCAGCGCCAGAGCACUCUAAAAUACACUACUACAGCAGAGGGCUACUCCGAAACCUGGGAGAGAUUUUCUUCCCUCCACAACCUGUUCAGAAAAAACACAACUGAAAAAAGAUACUGCCUUCUGUGUUGUUAUGCUGCAUUUACUGGGGUUUACUGUCCUUAAGAACUACUGCUGACUGAAGAAAUAAAGUUUACGUUAGGGAGA